AUGGCUCAAGGACAGCCAAAGCUCACCGCAAAAUCCGCGCCCAGACGACAGUCAAAACACGCCAAAGAUCCGAAAAAGGGUCAACGAACGAUUAAACCCAAACGACAGUCGCUCAUCAAAGCCGCUGCCCAGAAACAACAAUUGUCUGCAAAACUAACAAAGAGCAUCGAACGACAGGCUGCAGUUGCUGCCUCGUCUGGCAAGCUCACCAUUAUGAAGCCCUCGGCCACGGGUGCGCAUGCUCUUCAUAUCAAACAAAAACACAGGCUGAUAGCGUAA